AUGGCAGGAGAAGAUUCCUAUAUUAUGGGAGUGUCUGAUCCCCAAAUGUUUGCAAUGGAUCAGUUCAUGGGAAUGAAUGCAUUAUUUAGUAAUACAAAUUACAUCACUUCAGACUUACCACUACGAACAGCAGAUGGACCAUAUCUUCAAAUCAUAGAACAGCCAAAACAGAGGGGAUUUCGUUUCCGAUACGUAUGCGAAGGGCCUUCACAUGGUGGACUUCCUGGUGCUUCUAGUGAAAAGAACAAAAAAUCAUACCCUCAGGUCAAAAUCUGCAAUUAUGUUGGACCUGCAAAAGUAAUUGUCCAGUUAGUUACUAAUGGCAAAUACGUCCACUUACAUGCUCACAGCUUGGUGGGUAAAUUUUGUGAAGAUGGAGUAUGCACAGUUAACGCAGGACCUAAAGAUAUGGUUGUAGGGUUUUCAAAUCUUGGAAUACUUCAUGUCACAAAGAAGAAGGUGUUUGAAACUCUGGAAACACGCAUGAUAGACGCUUGCAAAAAAGGAUACAACCCGGGACUCCUGGUACAUCCUGAACUUGGCUAUCUGCAGGCAGAAGGCUGUGGAGACAGACAGCUAACUGAACGAGAAAGAGAAAUUAUUCGUCAGGCAGCAGUACAGCAGACUAAAGAAAUGGAUCUCAGUGUGGUGCGUCUUAUGUUUACAGCCUUUCUCCCUGACAGUAAUGGCAGUUUCACACGGAAACUUGACCCUGUUAUAUCAGAUGCGAUAUAUGACAGCAAAGCUCCCAAUGCCUCCAACUUAAAAAUUGUAAGAAUGGACAGAACAGCAGGGUGCGUAACAGGAGGGGAAGAGAUUUACCUUCUCUGUGACAAGGUUCAGAAAGACGAUAUUCAAAUACGUUUCUAUGAAGAGGAUGAGAAUGGUGGUAUGUGGGAAGGCUUUGGAGACUUUUCUCCUACAGAUGUGCAUAGACAGUUUGCUAUUGUGUUCAAAACACCAAAGUAUCGAGAUGUCAAUAUCACAAAGCCAGCAUCUGUAUUUGUACAGCUGCGUCGGAAAUCUGAUUUAGAAACAAGCGAACCAAAGCCUUUUCUCUAUUAUCCGGAAAUCAAAGAUAAAGAAGAAGUGCAGAGGAAACGACAGAAGCUCAUGCCAAACUUCUCUGAUGGCUAUGGUGGAGGCAGUGGCGCAGGAGGCAGUGGCAUGUAUGGAGGGGGAGGUGGCGGUGCUGGCUCUGGGUUCAGUUACCCUUCAUAUGGAUACUCUGCUUUUGGAGGGAUGCAUUUCCACCCUGGCACAACAAAGUCCAAUGCUGGAAUGAAACAUGGACUAUCAAAUAGCACAGCUGAACAAGGUGGGAAGAGCAAACACAGUGACAAAUGGGACAUGAAACACGAUGUGAAAAUGGAAACUAUGGAGGGGAAUGAGUGCAGAACCUCUGAUGAUGAGGAGGAGGAGGAUGCCACUUCCUGUCAAACUGAAGUACAUGAAGCAGAUUGCAGGUGGCAGGAUGGUCUGUUCCUGGAGAAGGCCAUGCAGCUUGCAAAGCGUCACUGCAGUGCUCUCUUUGAUUAUGCUGUAACGGGAGAUGUGAAGAGGCUGUUGGCUGUUCAGCGCCAUCUCACUGUUGUACAGGAUGAAAACGGAGACAAUGUCCUUCAUUUAGCAAUUAUACACCUUCAUACUGAGCUGGUGAAAAACCUCUUGGAAGUGAUGCCUGAUUUGAAUUAUAAUGACAUCAUUAACAUGAGAAACGACCUUUAUCAGACCCCCUUGCACCUGGCAGUAAUCACAAAGCAGGCAGAGGUGGUAGAAGACUUGCUGAAGGCUGGAGCAGAUGUCAGCCUUCUGGAUCGCCAUGGUAAUUCUGUCUUACAUUUAGCUGCUGCUGAAGGAGACGACAAGAUUUUGAGUCUACUCCUCAAGCAUAAGAAGAUAUCUCCGAUGGUCAACCUUUCCAAUGGUGAAGGUCUCGGUGCAAUUCACAUGGUGGUGAUGGCAAAUAGCAUGUCCUGCCUCAAACAGCUGAUUGCUGCUGGAGUUAAUGUCAAUGCUCAGGAACAAAAAUCUGGACGAACUGCAUUGCACUUAGCUGUUGAACAAGAGAACAUCCCUUUGGCAGGCUGCCUCUUGCUUGAGGGUGACGCAGAUGUGGACAGCACGACGUAUGAUGGGACAACUCCUCUUCACAUAGCAGCGGGAAGGGGCUCUACAAAAUUAGCAGCGAUUCUCAGGGCAGCAGGUGCAAAUCCUCACGUUGAGAACUUUGAGCCGUUGUUUGAUCUAGAUGAUGUGAAAGAUGGUGAAAAUGACGAUGAAGGGAUUGUGCCUGGAACGACACCACUGGAUAUGGCAGCCAACUGUGAGGUGUAUGACAUAUUAAAUGGCAAACCCUACGAGUCAGCAGCAGCUUCGGAGGACUUACUGACACAAGGACGUUUGAGAGAGCUGAAUGAAAGUUCCAAAACGCAGCUUUACAAAGUAUUGGAACUGCCUGAUCCCAACAAAAACUGGUCCACUCUAGCACAAAAACUGGGUCUUGGUAUACUUAAUAACGCCUUCAGGUUGAGCCCUUCCCCAUCAAAAACUCUGCUAGAUAACUAUGAGGUUUCUGGUGGUUCAGUUCAAGAGUUGAUUGCUGCUUUGAGACAGAUGGAUCACACAGAAGCCAUUGAAAUAAUUCAGAAAGCACUAUCCAUCUCACAAAGUCCAUCUCACCUGGAGGACAAUACAGCAAAAGCUCUUCCAUUGUCAUCACCACCCACCUUUGCAAAUGGAGAGACAGGUGAGCUUUAUCAUAGCAAAUUUCAAGACAACGAAAGCACGUGUGACAGCGGUGUGGAGACCUCCUUCCGCAAACUGAGCUUCACUUAUUCAGACUCUCUGAACAGCAAGUCAUCAGUAACACUUAGCAAAAUGACCCUGGGCUAUGGCCAUGAAAGUUCAGUGCAAAGCAAUUAUAUAGCCAACUAG